CCACAAGUCGAUUCAUUGGAAUGUUAUUUGCUGUCAGUUUAGUGACUACCAUAAAGGAGUGUGUUGUAUGUGUGAGCAAAUUGUUUCGGAAAAAACUGAAGUUUUUUUUUGAUAACUUAGAAUUUUUUUAAAAGGUGAUGCAUGAAUAAGUGACAAAAAAUGGCUGGUCAAACAAUAAAUGAUCGAUUUUUGGCUGCACGGCAUAGUAUUGCCGGUCAAGGAUUAGCAAAAGCUGUUUGUAAAGCAACAACAGAAGAAAUGAUUGGACCUAAACGAAAACAUUUAGAUUAUUUAAUACAUUGUACAAAUGAACCAAACAUAUCAAUACCUCAAAUGGCAACAUUAUUAGUGGAACGAUCACAACAUGCUAACUGGGUGGUAGUUUACAAGGCACUAAUCACAACACAUCAUUUAAUGUGCUAUGGAAAUGAACGCUUUACACAAUUUAUGGCGUCCAGCAAUAGUACAUUUCAACUUAGUAAUUUUUUGGAUAAAAGUGGUGUUCAAGGUGUGUUGAGUGGUCGAGCUGGAUAUGAUAUGUCACCAUUUAUUAGACGAUACGCAAGAUAUUUAAAUGAAAAAGCUAUUUCUUACAGAACUGUUGCAUUCGAUUUUUGCAAAGUAAAAAGAGGGAAAGAUGAUGGAACUUUAAGAACAAUGGGAACAGAUCGUUUAUUAAAAACAUUACCAGCAUUACAAGCACAAUUGGAUGCAUUAUUAGAUUUUGAUUGUUCGGCUAAUGACCUCACAAAUAGUGUGAUAAAUGUUUGUUUCAUGUUACUUUUUAGAGAUUUAAUACGUUUAUUUGCAUGUUAUAAUGAUGCAAUUAUUAAUUUAUUAGAAAAGUUUUUCGACAUGAAUAAAAAACAAUGCCGUGAAGCCUUAGAUUUAUAUAAGAAAUUUUUAAUAAGAAUGGAUCGUGUAAGUGAAUUUUUAAAAGUAGCAGAGAACGUUGGUAUCGAUAAAGGUGAUAUACCAGAUUUAACUAAAGCACCAAGCAGUCUACUAGAUGCAUUAGAACAACAUUUACUUAGUAUAGAAGGCAAAAAGAGUACUUUAAGUAAUGGCACCGCUGUUCAUCAAGCGGCUACAAAUGCUAAAAAUGUUAAAAGUGCUGUUACAAUGUUAUCGUCAACAAGUACUGCAUUCGGUACAGCUGCCACAAAUUCAGAAGCGGAAGGGUUUGGACAAUCAGUUAUUGAUGAACAAUUACGUCAGCGGGCACUUGCAGAAGAGGAAGCAGUUUUAAAUCAAUAUAAAGCGAAAGUACAAUCACCGUCGACUGGAUCUUCGACAUCGAACAAUAAUGUUAAUAAUCCAUUUUUAUCGACACCACCCAGUGAAAAGAUUAGUAAUCCACAAUCAACAGCUAGUUUUGGAUCGAGUGACAGUUUAUUUUCAACGACUACACCCACAACAAAUACAAAUAAGGCGUCACACGAUUUAUUACAAUUAAAUAAUCCAUUCGCAGAUGCAUUCGAACAACCACAAACUCAAAGAAUAGAAUCGGCCUUACAAAGCAAUAAUGUAUUAUUCCAGUCAAAUCUUUGGAUGAAUAGUGGUUAUAUGGCUCCAAUUAUCCAACAACAAAGCAACAGUAAUAACAAUAGCAUAUCAGAAUUUGUACCAGAUUCAGCAUUUUCUUCAGUAUUUGGAAAUAAUGGUACCACGAAUCAAAGCAAUUUCGAUUCAGUUGGAAAUAAUGAAACAGCAUUAACGAAUACAAUUUCACCCACAAGUAAAUCGAAUUCAACAAAUCAACAAGCAGGAAGUGGUAUUUUAACUGGUGAUUUGGAAAGUAGUUUAGCAUCAUUAGCGGAAAAUUUAAGUAUAAACAAUCGUCCAAUUCCACCAAAAAGUGUACAAUGGAAUUCUCCUAAACAUUCUGGGAAAAUGGGCGCUAAUUGGUCACCACAACCUAUGGCUGCUACAAAUGGUACCGGAUAUAAACCUAUGGGUCAAGGUAUGGCUACAACUCCAGUGUCAACAUUAACUCCAUCUCCGUAUCAACCGCAAAUCAAUAUCGGUAUUCGACCAAUGCCUGCAAUGGGAAUAGUACAACCAAUCGGUGUAAACGUUCCAAUGAACGUAUCCGUUUUUCCACAAUUAGCUAAUGUUCCAGUAACACAGAUUCAAACAAGUCCUCAAUUGCAAACAACACAACAAACGUCACUACUGUUUCACUAAAUAAAUGUAUAAUUUUAAUCCAGAAAAAAGGAAAGUUUUUAUUUGUAUCGAGAAUUUAACUGAAAUUUCUGACUGAUUUUUCUUCAAUUUCUUAUUAAGAAAAUGGUUACACUAAUAGUGACUUCAAAAACAACUAUUUCUUAAGAUAAUCCAACGUUAA